AUGGAGGCGCUCAGGCUGGACGACGCAGACACUUACUGGUGUGGGAUUGAUAGAGUCGGAGCUGACCUCGGGGAUGAAGUCAAAGUGACCGUUGCCCCAGCGUCCACCGCCAUGAGCACCACCUCUACUCUCAUGGCACCCGUCACCCCAGGAGAAGGCCAAGGCCCCCCGACAGUCACCAACAGCAGCUCCCUGCUGGGCAGCGUCCACUUCCGGCUCCUGGUCUUCCUGAAGGUGCCCCUGUUCCUGAGCAUGCUCAGCGCCGUCCUCUGGGAACUGAGCUCCAUGGUGGAGGAUAAACGCCCUGACAGCGAGACUUCCUGGGCUGUGGAGGACGGACCCGGGCUUCCCUGCUUCGAACAACCAACCCCCCAAAUGGAAAUCAAGAAAAGAGUGAACCUCAGUCUGGAAGAAAUGGCCCGGAGGGAUGGGGUCACCGGGCAGCUCCUGGCCCUGCUCCUUCUCCAGAUCCCAGGCUGCUGGUGUCUGGACGGCCCCCGCGUGGUGACCGGCUCCGUGGGCGGGUCCCUGCGUGUGCAGUGUCGCUACCAGGACAAAUACAAGGACCAAGUCAAGUACUGGUGUAAGGUUUCCGGCUGGGUACAAUGUGAAAAGAUUGUGAAGGCCAGCAGGUCACAGAGAGCGGGGAGGAGCGGCCGCGUGUCCAUCCGGGACUAUCCCGCCAACCUGACCUUCACAGUGACCUUGGAGAGGCUCACAGAGGCUGAUGCGGGAACAUACAAGUGUGGGAUUGAUGUAUCAUUCUCAUCUGACCCCGUACGCCAGGUUGAGGUGUCUGUGUCCCCAGGCCUGGAAGUGGCCGUGGGGGCCUGUGUCAGCGCCUUGGUGGCUCUGACCGUCACAGUGGCGGUGAUACAGUCAACACCCACCCGGACCACGGGGACCUGGUGGGAGUCUCUGCGUCCAGACCCGCACCCCGGCUCCCUGCUGGGCAGCGUCCACUUCCGGCUCCUGGUCUUCCUGAAGGUGCCCCUGUUCCUGAGCAUGCUCAGCGCCGUCCUCUGGGUGAGCCGGCCCCAGAGGGACCCUGGGGGGAGGCAGAGUCAGCCUGAUUAUGAGACCCACUAA